UUGUCGAAGCAAUGUUGGUGCAAAUGUGUACGCCGAUAAUUGUUUACGGCGUUUUCAUUUUACUAGUCUCUGAUUUUAACAAUUUUAUCGAUAAUAAUUAAAAUACAGUUGCUUGCUUGUCGAUAUAACACAAAGAUGAACGCUGAAGUGUUAAGGAAAUCUCCAAACAAAAGUAAUAAAGAAAAUGAAAAUGGGGCCGAACCGUCGGCCCCUAUUUCAAAAAAAGGAAUUUUAACAUCAUUUCUUACUGGAAAAUCGAUGGAAAUACCAGAUUCCGACAUUUUGGGGCGGUGUCGAUUUGUAUCGGAGUUUGAAAAGUUGAACCGAAUAGGUGAAGGAACUUAUGGAAUCGUUUACCGCGCCAAGGAUACAAUUUCAGACAAAAUCGUCGCUCUCAAAAAAGUCCGCAUGGAUUUGGAGCGCGACGGAAUUCCAGUCAGUAGUUUGAGAGAAAUUCAGGUUCUCCUUAAAUGUCGUCAUGAAAAUAUCGUGCAUUUGAAAGAAGUUGUUGUGGGUCGCAGUUUGGAAAGCAUUUUUCUUGCUAUGGAGUAUUGUGAACAAGAUCUAGCCUCGUUGUUGGAUAAUAUGCAAGCCCCCUUUACCGAAUCACAAGUAAAGUGUAUAAUGUUGCAAGUAUUAAGGGGGCUUCGGUAUUUGCACCAUAAUUUUGUUGUACACCGCGAUUUGAAAGUAUCCAAUUUGCUGAUGACAGAUAAGGGCUGCGUUAAAAUUGCCGAUUUUGGUUUAGCGCGGUGGUUUGGGGUUCCCUUGCGUCCUAUGACCCCACAUGUGGUGACUUUGUGGUACAGAGCCCCAGAGUUGCUGCUGCAAGCACCCACUCAAACAACUAGUGUUGACAUGUGGGCAGCAGGUUGUAUUCUGGGGGAGCUUUUGGGUCACAAACCUUUAUUACCUGGAAGGUCUGAAAUACAACAGCUUGAACUUAUUGUGGAUUUGCUUGGUACUCCUUCUGAUGCAAUUUGGCCAGGGUUUAGUGAGUUGCCUGCGUUGGAAAAUUUUUCUCUUAAACAACAGCCCUACAAUAACUUAAAACAAAGAUUUCCGUGGUUGUCUGCUGCUGGUUUAAGACUGUUAAAUUUUUUGUUUAUGUAUGAUCCACGCAAACGUGCUACUGCUGAAGAAUGUUUACAAAGCAGUUAUUUCAAGGAACCUCCACUACCUUGUGAUCCAAAAUUGAUGCCUACAUUCCCCCAACACAGAAAUAUUAAAGGCAGUAAAACAUCAGCUCCCUCAGAUAGUACAAACACUGGUGCUGGUGAUCAAACUAAUAAUUUGCCGGCUAUUUCAGAUUUGUUGGGUUCACUUGUGAAGAAAAGGCGUAUUGAAUAAAGGACUCUAUUAUUGGUAACCAAAUGUUCUGUUUUGUGUUCUAUGCAAAUGUAGAUUGUGUUUAUUAAUUAUUCAUCCACAAAUAAACGUAUUUUUUAAGA